AUGGAGGAGGUGAGCUUCAAGAAGAAGAAGAAGCGUGGCACUGCGAAGCGUCAACGUUCUCGUCGUUUUCUAGACAAUGAAACAGACGUGUCGGCAUUUGAUGAUAAUGAUACAGUAGACGUAGAGCAGAUUCAGCGCAAUAUUAAGGAGCUACGAGAAGAUCAGCGACUGCGGGAACAAGCACUAAAAAAAGAAUUGACCAAUCAGAAGGCAGAGGUUUCACAGCCGACCAAUCAGUAUGGUUUACAUGACCCCAAGAAGGACGGAUCUACCAAUCAAAAGCUUUUAACAUUAUUAAAUGGACAAUUUACCGGACAGAGUGUUACGACGGACAAGGAUCAACAUGAAGAGCUUAUGAACAAGUUUAUUGAAGAGAGAUUGCAAAAAAAGAGAAAGUUAAAGACAUUGGAGGAGGAAAACAAUGUGGAAAAUGUUGCUCAAGCUUUGAAGAAUGCUGAGGAUAAAUUGUUUGAGCUGCCAGAUCACUUGAAACCUGAUGUGUCGAGUGGUAUUAAAAGUUAUGAAGACGGAACAGAUGGUGGGAUGCUCAUGGGAAGUGCGGGUAUUGCAGAAGUGGAACUACCAACGUCGUAUACGGAAAAGACGGAAAAGGCGACGCGAAAAGCACUGGAGACUGGUAAAGUAGGAGGGGUGAAGCUAGAUGCGGUGGGAGGGCUCGCAAGCUCGGGGCUGCCGGCCAACUUUAGUGUCGACUUUAAUCGACACCGGACAGAUUACGUUGCGGAGAUGAAGAGUCUGAAUAAAGAUGAACGACGUGAGCGGGGAUUUCACCAAGUCGGCAAGAAUCAAGCAAGCGAUGAUCGCGCCGUAUCGCGGUUUCGGAAAUUCGAGAGCCGUCAGAUGCGACGAUAG